UACAUAUACCCGUGAUUUACUUGAGAAUCAACAGACAUCGGAGAUAUUUUAAAGAAUAUUUUAGGAAUUUUUCAGUGUAACGCAUCAUCAUGAAAUUGCUAAGCUUAGCAAUCGUCUUAGCUUGUGGUUUAAUUUCAAACGUUGCUGCACAACGUAUGAGCGAUUCGGAUAUUGCAUACCUGGAACAAUAUGGCUACAUGAAUUCUUUAUUAAAAGGAGAAAAAUAUACAGAUGAUGAGAUGAAACAGGGAUUAAUGCGUUUCCAAUCUUUCAACGGUAUGGAGAAAACUGGCACAAUGACGGACGAAAUGCAUGCAAUGAUGAACAAAUCGAGGUGUGGACUAAGGGAUAUCGCGGACAUACCGUCAGCAUCGCCUCGUGCUAAGCGAUACGUGACAUAUGGAACUCGCUGGUCAACCCUUGCAUUAACAUACAACUAUCAAAGUUACUCAGGGGAUCUGACAGAGCAGAAUACAAGAACUGCCAUAGAACGAGCAUUAAAAGUUUGGAGUGACGUAACAAGUCUGACAUUCACGGAAGUUAGAAAGGACAGCAGUGCAGACAUUGAAAUUUCGUUUACACCUCGUUAUCAUGGAGAUGGUAAUGACUUCGACGGCCCAGGAAGAGUACUCGCGCAUGCAUACUUUCCUGGAAAUGGAAUAGGAGGAGACGCUCAUUUUGAUGAAGAUGAAUUAUACACUGUGAAUGGUAGAGGAGGAAUUGAUUUGUUUCAAGUAGCUGCACACGAAUUUGGUCACAGCUUGGGUCUUGCACAUUCGGAGGAUCCGCAAGCGUUGAUGGCGCCCUACUAUGCCGGUUACAUUCCGGAUUUCGAGCUACCGCAAGACGACAUCAAUGGAAUACAGUUUUUAUACGGUUCGAGCACUGAUCCCCGUCCUGAUACGCCAAAUACUGACGGUGGCAGCACACCAGAUAUUUGCAUUUCUAACUUAGACGCUAUAAGUUACGACGGGUCUGGAGUUUAUAUAUUCCAGGGAAAUGAUGUUACUCGUCUUGAGAUAAAAGGAACUCGUAUUCCUGGCUACCCAAAACCAAUCUCGAAUGAAUUUCGACAAUUAGUGAAUAACAUAGAUGCUGCAUACUUCCGAUUUCGUGAAGAAACAUACGUGUUUUUUAAAGGCAACUUAUAUUGGGAGUUCGACAGGAAUAGAAAUCUAAAGCAAGGCUUUCCAAGAGAGACUAAGCUUCCGAGUGACUUAGAUGCAGUGCUUUCGUGGAACGAUUUAUACACAGUUUUUACCAAAGGAGACCAACAUUGGGUUUAUGAUGAAAGUAAAAAGAAUAUCGUUUUCCAGACUUAUUUCCGAGGAGUUCCAGCUAAUCCAGAUGCAGCCUUCAGAUGGCUUGAUGCUAAAUUUUACUUUGUAAAGGAGGGAAAUUACUAUCACUACGACACGAGUCGAACCCCAUAUAGCGUCGAUACCAAUGUCUACCCUCAACCUUUCGGAGAGGAUUGGUUAAGUUGUGGGCCUGGUACCUACCUCUCUACCGAUCCAAACUCAGCAGCUGUUCACGUUCAUAGUUUUUCUGCGUUAUUGGUGACUUUAAUAUUUAUUCUAAAUAUUUAAAAUCAACUGUUUACGUUUACAUUCGUACAUCCUGCAACGGAUCUAAUGGUCCAUAACCGUAGGGUAACAUGGGCUGUAUGGACCAACACCAGGCUAACUCCCUACUCGUCUUGAAAAAUGCACUGGGUUCUUUGAAAGUGCACAUGAGCCAAUUUUGUGCACUGGGCCUACGGUUAUAGUAAUCAUCCGAGAAAACUUGUUAACACCAACGGACCGCUAGAGCCAGUCCCUGCCUUAACCGCUCGGCCAUUUGACUCGCCGGUUAUUUUCUACAUUGUAUAUACUGUAUCCGAUAUAUUACCUCAAUAGGUAAAUUUUAUACUAUGCCUUUAUAAAAGAUAUCGAAAUAUGUAUUAGAAUAAAUUUAAGUCAAAUCUA